GUGUCCCAGUCCGGGCAGUUCCCUUGUAAGGCUAUUUUCCAUGUGUGCGGACAAAAGGAUGCAGGCAUCAUUGAAGGACUGGUGCGUGACAUCAUUGCAUCUUGUGAAGCCAAAGGAUACAAGUCUGUGGCCAUUCCUGCCAUUUGCGCUGGGAUUGGUGGGCUGGAACCCAGUGCUGUGGCAAAUGCCAUCCUCAGUAGCAUCAGUGCCACUGUGCUGUCCACUCCUCUUCGGUGCCUCUCCCACAUCCGCCUUGUCCUGAUUAAGAUCAAUGUUUUCCUGGCGUUCAAAGAGGCAGCGAGGCAGAUAUUUCCUCGUGCUCUGUCCCACACAGUGUCAGCACCUCAGGCACCUCACGCACCGCUAUACCAAACUCCAGUCUCUGUAAGCACAAGGCCAAGCAGCCUCUUUACACCUCGCUCCACCCGUCAGCAGUCAGCCUUCCUGAUCCUGGGUUUGUGGAAGAAGGAUGUUGCCCGUGCCGUCAUGGAGCUGGAGCGAUUGUACCAGACUCAGUGCUCAAAGCAAAGUUUCCCAAAGAAAGAGUUGGAAGACCUUUCCCAGGAAAACAUAGAUGAUCUGACGCACCUGGUAGAGAUGCUGGGCCUGUGUGUGGAGGAGAGCCGGGACACAUGGACUGUGAGCGGGCUGAACGAUGAGGUUACCCAGGUGAUGCAGAUGUAUCACGCUUGUCUUCAUGGCUCUCUCCAGAGAGAGAUGAGAGGCAGGGAGGAGGAGGAAGUGUUUGGCCGCGUGGCUUGGUGCAUCCUGGGAUUGAGAGGUGACUGGGAAAGGCUUCCCAAAGCAGCCCAUCAUGACCUGGAGAAAAAAGAUGUGAGGGGAGGGAUAGUGGAUGCACACGGGGACCAGUGGAACGUCAAUCUGGCAAAAUUGGAGGCUGUAGCCGCAGCAACACGGCAAACAACGCAGCUGAAACGACUUGAGAAUCUAGCUGACUUCCCUCUUCCACUGUACUGGGACAACAUGGUUUCCGGUGACCAAGUGAAGAUAGUUAAGCUGCAGUCUUCUUCUGUGGAGUACAAGAGGGUGAAGGAGGCCUUCAAACGAACUGUUCCCAAGACUGUAAUUAAGAUUGAGCGUUUGCAAAAUAUACAUCUCCGCCGUGGCUAUGAAGUGGAACACAAAAAGAUUUCUGAUAAGAACAAGCAGAGGAGGGAUGCAGGCGAGAAGUUGCUCUACCACGGGACGACCGAGGAAAACUGCCAGUCCAUCAUUAAAACUGGGUUCAACAGGAGCUUUGCAGGACAAAAUGCAACUGUAUACGGCGUUGGGACGUACUUUGCUGUCAACGCGAGCUACUCGGCCGACCCCACCUACUCCAAGCCAGCUACGGAUGGCACCCAGUUAAUGUUUGUGGCUCGAGUCCUGACUGGGCUUUACGCCUUGGGUGAAAGUGAGAUGAGGGUCCCUCCGCCUCGGGACCCCCAGCAUCCCCAUGACCGCUUCGACAGCGUGGUGGACAACGUACAGAAACCCAGCAUGUUUGUUGUGUUCCACGAUAACCAGGCGUACCCCGACUACCUGAUCACAUUCAAGUGACUGUGAGGCUGUUCUCAAUAUCUACUCCAGGUGGUAGCCUGGAGCUGAUCAUGCAUUUGGUCAUGUGUUUGUUUGUGAGUCUGUGUAUCUGUCUCACAUAUUACUGGGACAAUAAGUCUAAUACUUUUUGUGCACAGUUAUGACUGUAUGAUGAUCCUCUGAUGGUUGCAGGAAUUAUACCAAUGACAUUUAUUAUAUUGGGCAGGCAUUUGAUCUCAAAAUCCUGCUCCAGUAAAAAGACAAAAUGGGGUCUGAAUGGUUUUACAGAAACAAAUACAUAAAAAAUUUUAAAGUAAUGAAUUGACCUUUUAAGUUU